CGUCACGAUCAUGAUGAGAAUUAAUGAUCGGAGGCGCUGAUUUCAUUGUGUGACGCCGGGACCGACCCAGCCGAAACCGGCUGAAUCCGGAGCCCCGAGCCCCCCGGACCAGCCCCGCACAGCACGAUGAAUCUGCGUUCUGUAUUUACUGUAGAACAACAAAGGAUAUUACAGCGUUAUUAUGAAAAUGGAAUGACAAAUCAAAGUAAAAAUUGCUUUCAGCUCAUAUUACAGUGUGCACAAGAAACUAAACUGGACUUCAGUGUAGUCAGGACGUGGGUUGGCAAUAAACGAAGGAAGAUGAGCAGCAAGAGUGCUGUAGAAUCUGGAGGCACUCCCCCAGGGACUGUCCCUACUACUCCCUCAGUACCUCCAGAAGCAGCAGUUAGAAAUGUGGUAAAUAUUGCUCGAUCCCAAAGUCAGCAGUCUUCUUGGACCGCUUCUAAUAACGAUGUAAUAGUUACUGGUAUAUACAGUCCUGCUAGCUCUUCCGGUAGGCAAGGAUCCACCAAACAGACAAACGCUUCAAUGGCAGAAAUACAUAAAACCUCUAUUCCACGACUGCCAGGAAAAAGUGAUACAGAUUUUCAGCAGCAGCACAUCCCUAUAGGACGACAAGUACCACAUUGUAAAAAUGCUUCCCUAUUAGUAGGGGAAAAGACUAUUAUUUUAUCUAGGCAAACAAGCGUACUGAAUUCUGCGAACUCCAUAUAUAGUCACACUAAAAAAAGCUAUGGUGGUUCAUCGGUCCAGACCGCAGAGUUGGUGUUACCUCAGAAACCCAUGAUAUGCCACAGACCCUGCAAAGCUGAACCUGUGGGAUGUCAAAGGUUACAAAAACCGGAACAUGCAGCUCUCGCAUCGCAUGUGCCCCCUGGACAAAGGGCUAAUACCAGGGACCCUUCUUGUAGCACGCAAAACCUGGAAAUCCGUGAAGUGUUUUCUCUGGCGGUUACAGAUCAACCUAAAAGAAUUGUGGGAGGAAGCGCGACGCAGAAGCAUUGCUCGGUGGAAGGCAGCUGUCUAUCCAUUGCGAUGGAAACUGGAGACGUGGAUGAUGAAUAUGCUAGGGAAGAAGAACUAGCAUCCAUGGGAGCACAAAUACAAAGCUAUUCAAGAUACUGUGAAAGCAGCAGUUCUGUUCGAGUAGAGAACCAAAGUGCAGCCUUGUCUGGGCCAGGAAGAAACGUGAGCUGUAGUUCACAGAUGGUGAAUGCCAGGGACGUGCCUGACAAUAUUCUGUAUCAUAACAGAGACUACCACUUGCCUGCACGGACCUCAUUACAUACAACAUCCAGUACAUUAUAUAACAGUGCUAAUCCAUCAAGAAGUACCUUUUCUCCUCAUUUUGCAUCUUCAAGUCAACUGAGGCUGUCACAAAACCAAAAUAAUUACCAGAUUUCAGGAAACCUUACUGUGCCUUGGAUUACAGGUUGUUCCAGAAAAAGAGCAUUACAGGAUCGCACACAAUUUAGUGACCGAGACUUAGCUACCCUAAAGAAAUACUGGGACAAUGGCAUGACCAGCCUGGGCUCAGUCUGCAGAGAGAAAAUUGAAGCUGUGGCUGCAGAAUUAAAUGUUGACUGUGAAAUAGUGCGGACUUGGAUUGGGAAUCGAAGACGGAAAUAUCGUUUAAUGGGGAUUGAGGUCCCACCCCCUAGAGGAGGUCCUGCUGAUUUCUCUGAUCAAUCUGAAUUUGUUUCUAAAUCAGCACUUAAUCCAGGAGAGGAAACUGCUACUGAAGUGGGGGAUGAUAAUGAUAGGAAUGAUGAAGUAUCAAUCUGCUUAUCUGAAGGAAGCUCACAAGAAGAGACAAAUGAAGCUCUUCAAAAUGAAGAAAUCGGUCACAAAGAUGAUGACCAGAAUCCAGUAUCUACUGAUAAUGUGAAAAUAGAAAUUAUAGAUGAUGAAGAAAGCGAUAUGAUAAGUAAUUCUGAAGUGGAUCAAAUGAGUUCUCUUCUGGAUUAUAAGAAUGAAGAAGUCAGAUUCAUUGAGAAUGAGUUGGAGAAUCACAAACAGAAGUAUUUUGAACUACAGACAUUUACUCGGAGUUUGAUACUUGCUAUUAAAUCAGAUGAUAAAGAACAGCAGCAGGCACUGCUCUCAGACUUACCUCCUGAACUAGAAGAAAUGGAUUUCAAUCACACAUCCCCAGAGCCUGAUGAUACCUCAUUCAGCUUGUCGUCUUUAUCGGAGAAAAAUGCCUCAGACAGUUUGUGAUUUAUUUUUUUUAAUUGACAAAAAAGAAACCCUGCGUAACGUGUAGGUUUCAAGAGAACGGCAUUUUGCUAUCCAGUGUUCUUCAGUCCAAAAAAGAAAGGCCAAGGUGAAGUAGACCUUCCUGAAGGAUGACUGUAGUAUGUCAUGGCUACAGUUUGCAGUGUCAAGAAAUUUUGAAUGUUGUUUUUGGUAAAUGAAAGAACUGUGUGAGGAAAGGUUUCUCUUUCAGCAGUUUGCCCUUGAUUAGGAUAACUUCUGACUUGCUCUGUAGCAGUGUCUUUUUGAGCAGGGAUCCAAGACUGGAAAACAAAUGUCCUGUUAUCCAGACAGCUAAUUCUUCAGAGUUGUUUGCUCACCAGUCCUGUUUAUUUCUUUCUUCCCCCCAUUUUUACUCAGGUAGGUGGACUAAAAAUUGGAGAUCCAAAUAGAAUAACGGGCUUUUUAUGAGUUGUGCUUGAAACCUUUUGAAAAUCUGAAAUUAAACUAAAGUGUUUUUCAUUACGUGACUUCAGAUUGUUGAAUCUUCUAUUCUCUGACCAAAAUAGCUGAAAAAAAACUUUGAAAGGCUAACUGAAAAAUUUGAUUUAUCAUCAAUAAAUUAUUAAUGUAAAGAAGCAGUCAUAAGUGUUGUAACAAAUUAGAUUUGUAUGGGAAACCUGAUAGCUGCAGAACACGACUUUCGGAUAUUCUCAGAGUAGCAAUGGGAUUAGAUGUUUACACUACUAUUUAGGGCUUUAUGAAUGUAGUUACAGGUUUUAUUUUCAAAGUCUGAAUGCUAAAGUUCUGUUUGUUGGUUUAAGUACUGGUUAUAUAUUUUUCCACAAAUUUUGCUCCAUUUUAUCGAGACACUGUCAUAAAUCCACAGCUGUCAUUGCAUCCUGAAAGGUAUUCGAGUGUUUGGAAUUGAGCUUUGCAAAUCUUCUAAAUGUGACCUGUUUCUGAAGUAGCCCUGCCUGAUGAUUUUUUUUUUUGUUUUGUUUUGCAACUGCCAGCUGCCAUUUCUGAACUGUGAGCUUGAUUGCAGGCAGUGGCUGAAACGAAUUUCUUCUUUCCCGGCUGUUGUUCACAUUGAAUCCCUUUACUCGUCCAAUUAAAUGGAUGUGCAGACACAUCCAGAUCAAUUUAGCAGGGCACGUAGGUGCAUGCCCAUAUUAUUAAUGCUCUGUAACUUCUUAUCUGAAUAUUCCUCAGCAAGCAUUUUGGAAACAGAUACCUUCACAGUCUGGUAAAAAGCCCGAUCUUUCAGUUUUAUGACAAAUAAUUAUUUACUCUGGUGAACCCUUAUUCAUGCAGUACAGUAAGUAAUCCCCUUAAUUUCAGUAGGAGGUCCACGGUGUAGCUCAGAAAAUCCAAAGUGUUGGAUUUUCUUUCCAACAUAACAACACUUUUUUUUUAUUUAUUUUAAUUCUGAAAUUAACUCACAAUUUUAGGUUUUUCUCAGUCUGGUCUCUUUGUCCCUAAUCACUUCGGCAGCUUUUUUUUUUGUAUCAGUAGUGAGCUCUGUUCUUUCAGGUUUUCUUCUGUCUCUGUGUUGUCUUUGGGCAUGGAGAACUUCUAACAGUACUAUUAAACACCAGCUACAAAAAGGAUAGUAGCAGUUUCAAAAGCUGUUUUAAGAAACAAAAGUUUCCCAGUUCUGGCUACUAUGGAGUUCAGUUAGUUCCCAAAAGACCUCUUACCAUCUAUCCUACGGAGUAACCCCACAAAAGCAACCUGUUGGGCCUGUGGUUGGGCUUAGGCAUUAAAACUCAGAGUAGAAUCCCGGGAGAGAGGGAAGGCACUCUAUGUAACCAGGAGGGAAGUGUUAGGUUACUCACCCUUCCGCUGCCCGAGCUGAGAUGUCGCAUCCUGGCUGGCAGAUACAUCUGUACAGCCUUACUCAGAGGAGGAGCAGUAUUUUACAUGCCUGUUGAUGUGAUCACCAAUCUAAAAUUACUUAAGGUUUGUGAGCAAAGAUCACAGUACUAUCCUUCAAAUGUAAGAGAGGGCUCAACUGUAAUUCUGCUUACUGAAAAAAUCAUUUAUAAAGGGUUUCCUAUACUGGGUUAACAAUGCUUUCUCUUACUCUUCUCUCUAGAUAGGAAAUUUGUGCCACUGACAAUGAAACCUCUUGUUUUCUUUGAGCUUUGCUGAAAUAAAAAAAAUAGUACUGUGAUUUGCCAGCACUUGGACCCUAUUUUCCUGCUGCUUCCACUUAAAUUCCCAUGACAAAAGGCAGGUUACUCUUAAUGAGAGUUCCUGAUUUCAUGGUCAAUGAAGUCAUCCACCUUUAUACAUGAAAAACUUUAAUCGGUGAUUCAUAUUUUGCUAUGUCUUUUAUUUCAUACGCCAAAUAAACCGAAGGAAUUAAUUUUGAACGAAGUACUACCAGAUUGAAGCAAUGAUGUAAGUCCCUUUUCUCAAGGCAGCUGGAAUCCUCUUUAGGAUGUGCACCUGAAAGGAGCUGCAGUCAACGCCCCCGUCAUCCCUGUGGGCACGUUGUUCUUUGGUCCUUUUCUCCUGUAGGGUGACAAGACAAAACAUAGCGAAGUAGUUGUGUUUUCAUACCCUGAAACACUUGACAAUAUUACAGGAUAUUCAGGAAGAAAGAGUCUAAAUGAUGUUCCUGUUUAACAAAAUGCUACGUAGGAUAACACUGCACAGCUGUUCUGCGGGGGUUUUUUCAAUACCAGUUUUUAUUUCCAGUAAUAUGUAAACCAAAAAUCUUAAUGAUACCAUUACUGGUAUUUCAAAUCAUUGCAGCAACAAUAGUUCUGCAGCAGAAGGUGAGGAGCAGCUUAUGAGGUCCUGUAACAUAACACUUAACCAUCCUUGACAGUUACAGAAAUACAUAUCUGAGUACGGCACUUCAGACAUGCUCUGUGAUUUAGGGGUUUUUUUUGGUUUGCUCGUGUCCCUACCAGGCAAUGUAAUGUGCUAAUCCAGUUGGCAGAUGCAUCCCGAUGUAACUUCUUCAGCCGGACCUUAGAACAGUGUCAAGAGAGUUGGGUGUGUUCCUUUCCAACUUUGUCUUAGUAAGUGACGAGCAUCUUACUGGCAGGCAUCGCAGUCUGGUGCACAGUCGCCCGGAUGCUCGUUUCCAGAUUGACGUCCGAGAGUUCUUCAGAUGAAGGAAAACGUUGAGAGCGGCGCUCUGGGCCCAUGGCAUGCUGGAAUUGGGUUUAUGGUUAUUUCCUCUGUUCGCAGGAUGAUGCCGAAAGCCCACGUUAAGUGCUAGUUCAUCAUUUGCAUAGAGCUUCCGUGACAGAGAUAGCUAAUACUGUGGUGUGUUAUGAUGACAGAAGUAAGUCCCCCUUGCUAUUCAGUGGUUUGGCUCUGGAAUUCGAAUAACCACUAUGACACCAGUGCCACGUAUUGAUGUUUUUAUCAUCUUUCCGCGGAGGCUCUCAUUUGCUUUGUCCGUGAAAGAUGACUUCCCCGGCGUUGUUUAUCCCUAAUGCAUCUGUCGGAACACGAAUGAUGAAGUAUGUCGUUCUGAAGAAACCAAAGUGGGAAAAGGUAGUUCAGAACAGACGCUUUAAACCAGGGACAGGACGCUCGCCCUCCUUCGGGAGCAAUGAAAGUCUUUGAUGCUAGCAAGCUUGCUGUUACUUAAGCAAGCUGUUUCCUGAAGCUAUGCCUCCUUUCAUUUCCCUGCAGAUGAUGCUUCUGUCACGUCUAUAGGUCUAACAGGAGCGAGUAAUAGUAAAUACUGUAAUAUGUGAAUUUCUGGCAGAUUUAAAAGUACACGAACAGAUGUACCAUACAAGUGUCAGUUUUCUCGAGUGCUUGGUUCUUGAAGCAGCACUGCACUUUAAUCUUUCCAAGUAUUUCUUUUUCGCUAAGGCAAUAAAAAGUCUGAAAAGGACAAGCAGAUUGUGGGCUUUGCAGUCGUCUGAGUGCAAAAAGGAAUGUACCGGUUGUAUCUUCAUCUUCUUAAAUUGGGAAGCAGCUUAUCCAGUCCAUUCACCAAACGGAGACAGCUCUAUCUGCUGUUGUGGUUAUACAGUUGAAAUGAUCGGAGAAAUCAACAGUAUCACGAACAGCCUUAUUGUGGAAAUGGAAAUUACUGCUUAAAAUCGAUCAGCUCUCCGAUUUGGGAUCUCUAUUGCACUACCGUAUUAGUAACGUUAAAAUAAACUAAUGCGCAGCACUAACUUCUCCCUAGGUACUCUAUAGUCGUAGCUGACUGUUGGUCUCAGGACACUGAUAGCGUAAGAAAAGACAAUAAUAUGCAUAAAUGGAAUAGCACAGAAUAUCUGGAACAUGAAGAAUUCAUAACUUGUAAUGUUACAACCAAAAGCUUGAUUUACUACCUCCAGUCCCACUGCUCAGAGCCUUCACUUUGGCCAAAUGUGAAAUCUUCAAAGUUCUGAGCAAAUAAAAGGAACAAGCGGUACUACAACGUUGGGUUUUUCCCUGGCAGACUAGGGGUGUAUGCUGACUACGGAGUAUUGAUUGGUCUCUGAAAGGCAGCAGCUGGCAGACACAAACUGGGCAGAAACGGGGCUUGUGGUGGUCGUUGUUUUUAAACAAAUGAGCAAUCCUCGUCAAUAAGAGACGCUUAAGAAUGUUCCCGUAAGGAAACUGGUUUCAGGUCAGUGCUUUGGUUCUGGUGAACAUUUUACUGUAUUACUGAACUAAGUCAAGAAUUCUUUUCAAAUUCUGUAUUGCGUUUUACACACACUACCUCUGAACCAUGACACCACCUUUAAAACCACACAGAAAAUGUGAACUUAAGCUUUUUUUUUUAAAAUGUUUUAUAGGCAAUAAAUUAUUUCCAACACGGAUCCUUCAGUUUUGUGCUUGGUUUUUAGUUGAGAGUGAGACAUUCACUUCGGUUUUUAUUUUAGUAUGAUUUUUAUGUAUUUGUCUUAAAUGCAGUCUAUGGACAAGGAAAUGAGAAAGAUGUGAUAUUAGGGUGAAAAGAUUAGUAUAUGUUAAUGGUAGUAAAUAUUUCUAUUAAAGCUGAAGGAUGCUGUAGUGAAUGGGCCAGCUGUGCUGUUUUUGGUACAGUUACUGUAAGGAAUGGGUACGAAACUUUAUUCUGGUACUAAAUGAUUGUUGCAACAUUUCUCAAUACAUUGUGGAUUAAUUUAUCAGAGAAAACAGUCAAAUAAUGAGUCUCAGCAAGGCAAUGAAAAGGAUUUUACAUUUUCUGAGACAUACAGUUUCAUAAAUAUGUCCUCAUAUUUUUAUUUCAGGGUUUUUUGGGGGUUUUUUUGCAUAACAACAUGUAUAAAGGCCACAUAGAAACCAUUUUGAUUUGCUUGUAAGCAAGUGUUAAAUUAAAAUGAAUCAGUAGCAAGCUGAGGUUUAAAUGUAGAUGUAGAUGAGGUUUUGUAGUCAAGUUUCAUCUUAAAAGAGUCCCUAUAAAUUUCCCCAUGGUGCUUAUCUCUGAAUAAUUUCCCCGUGGCUGGGGAGGGAAGGAGAGACGAGGGGGCAUCUCGGUUGGGUAGCAGAAAUGAAGAUCCUGGGGUUUUACUCAAGAAAAUGAAAAUAAACUAAAAAGCUUCUCCACCUUGGGAGAGAAGAGCUUCUACCUUAUCUUCAAAUUUUGUGAAAUGCACUUCAAAAAGUCAUUGGCAAAUCCGCUGAAUUGUGUUGGGGAAAAACUGUAUUCUCCAGUGGAAAUUCUGUCAUUUCUAUGAUUGUUUCUAGAAUGACUGAGUGUAUGUGGAUACACAUACGCGUAUUUAUAAUGUGCACAGAUACACUGAACUUCAUCAGCAUAUUAGCAUCUGCAAAGGUAUUUUUACUUAAAAUAAUAACGUAAUUCUUCUAAAAUAUAUUUUAUUUGCUCUCAUUUUUAUGUCUUACUAUAUAUUGAUUACAUAGUUUUGAAAUUUAGUCAAAUACAUCCAUACAAAUAUUGUUUCUAGUUUAACUCCUUGUGAAACUGAUAACUUUUAGGCUUGGAAAUUUAUUGAAAUGCCCAUAAUAAUGAGAUUUCUAAGUGAUCUUGGCAAAUAAACAAACUGCUGUAUUUAUGAAGAGAUAAUCUUCUGCCAUGAUAAUUUCUGCUUUAGUUUCACUAAAGGUAUCACUUUGAUUUAAAAAGAAACAUUCUGAAAGUUCAAACAUUAUUGUAAAACUGGGAUGUUUUCCUCAGCCUACAAAACAUAAGAUAAUUGACGAUCUUAAUAGUUGUGUCAUUUCUUUCUGGGCCGGUUGGUUAAGCUUUGUAAGCCGAGUGUAUUACUGAGUUUCUCUGUGAAAAUCAAUAUUUAUAUUGCAUUUUUAUUAUUUGUAUCAGUAUGUGUAGCAAAGAAACUACUAUAAAUCUUAAACUGAAGUACCUCCACUAUGGUCCAGGACAUCUGAUCUUGGCUUAUGUGAAAGAUGGAUGCCUAGGGAAAUAUUCCAUACAUUUGUAUUGUUUGGGGUUUUUUUCUGUAUAUAUAAGGGUAUUUAUAAUCUUGUAUUAACAGAGUCAUCAUGAGAAAUGCUUAUUUCCUUCUUUAGAAGCCUGCUCAGCUAUUUUUAUAUAAAAUGUUGGUCUUCGCCUUAAUUUUUUUUUUGUGUGAAAAGUUGUGCCAUAGAUAUUUUAACUUAUCCACAAAUAGUUUACAGAAUUUGCGUUGACUUGUCUUUAGUUAACCAUUUUUUCCUCAAAUUUCUAAAUUCUUUUUCUCCUCCAAAUGUGUGUCAAGGCUGGUUUGCUUUUUUUUUUUUUAAAGUUUUAGAAGAUAUCUUCAUAUGCAUGCCUUGGUAGAUCAAGUUUUUCCUCUGUAGUUUAUUGUUUCUAGCUUAGCAAAACUUUUCAUUAAAAAAAAAAAAGGAAGUAAUGCUUGUACAAAUGUAUCUCGAAUGGCCCAAAUGGUCAGAGCAAAGGGCUAUUUAGCAUUGGUAAAUUUGUCUACUAGACUCAAGGAUAUUUUUCUACGUCUGUCAAGUUUGGGACUAUGGAGAAAUGAAAUAAAGGUUAACUAACUCCUUUUCCUAUA